AUGGCGUCUGCGAAGCAAAAACACCGUCGUCAUGGUCGCCAUCGUCACCGAAAAUCCCGCUCUGCAAUGGCCGCAGCUGCAGCACAGGAACGGAAAUUGGCACGCGCUCCUCACAGUUUUGUUUUUGCCCGUCCCGGUUGUGGUUCUUUCGUUAAGGCACUCUCUUUGGAUGUGCGUCGGGUGUUUGAACCCUUCACAGCCUCCCGACUUCACGUUAACCGACGCAAUGUAUUGAAGGACUUCAUAAACAUCGCCGGUCCCCUUCACGUCUCGCAUAUCCUCUACUUCACCCACCCUAGAUCAGAGAAGGUCAUUGCGAAGCGAGUGCGGCAUGCUGCAAACGUGGAACGUCGAAAGGGUGUAGCGCUGAAGGACACUGAAGACGAAAACGAGGAUGCAACUAAGUCGGAUGGCAGCAGUGGAAUUGGAGGCGUCUACCUCCACCUAAUUCGUGCACCCAGUGGUCCAAGUUUGACAUUUCGUGUAUCAGAAUACUCUCUCACUCGCGAUGUCAUCACCUUAGUGCAGAAAGUUUUUGAUGUACGACAAUUUUCCUCUCCUCCGCUUCUUGCUAUGACUGGCUUCGGUGCGGGAGGCACGGCUACUGCUCCACCUCCACCACAUCUUCGUCUCGUUGUCGACAUGUUUCAGAACAUGCUACCCUCGCUUAAUGUUCAAAAACUAAAAGUGAGCAGUGUCCGUCGAGUGUUGCUGUUAAGUCGCGAGAUUGACGCUUGUAGUGAUGGUGAUGGUGGUGAGGAAAAGGAAGUCAUCUACUUGCGUCACUAUAACAUCCGCCUGGAGAACCGAUCCAUUAGUCGCGCUCUGCGUCGCCUUGGUAUGGGUGGAGCACCAUUGCGACGCCGACGCGAUCGCGCUGAUGCUGGUGGACUGGGUCCGCAGGGCUUUGGCAGGUCUUCGGGUGUUCCCAACCUCGCAAACUACACUAGCAUCGACGAAUACCUCUCAAAGGCAAAUCUGCUGACGGAAUCAGCAGCCUCAGAACUGGAGGAUAUGGCAGAAGUCACGCUGCCAGGUCAAUCGGUGGCAGCGGACGAAGGCGCAGAGAAGCCCUCACUGAGUGGUAAGAGUAGUACCAAGGUGAUUAAAGAAGAACGCGCCCAAGCCAAGGCUACACAUGGCUUCACUCACCUCAGUGGUUGUCGCAAGGCCUGUGUUCGUCUCACCGAAAUUGGUCCUCGUCUCACCCUCCAACUCAUAAAGAUUGAGGAGGGUGUGAAUUCGGGUGCCGUGCUCUAUCACAGUUGGCAGAAACGUACGCCACAAGAGAUUGCCCAACAGGAGGCGGAAGUUCGGGCAAAAGAGGCAGCCAAGUUGCAACGACAAGAGGAACAGGAGCGACGACGUCGGGCUAAUGCAAAAACUGAUGCUACCACUUCGUCCGCCUCCGUGAUAGCUACAGGGGCGGAGGGUGAAAAUCAUGAAAACGGCAGCAGUGAUGAGGACAGGCUUUUGAUGCAUCAGCUGAGUGAUGAGGAGGAAAGAGAGGAGACGGAGACAACACCUAAAGAGGAGAAAGGAGUUGAGGUGUCCAAAUUGAAGAGGAGGAAGAGAAAGCUGAAGAAAAUACCACGCAAACAUCCCGCCUACACCUAUCUUGUAGAGAAGGCAAAAAAACGGAAAUUAAUGCAAGGAUAA